AUGUCGUUAGCUGAAGGGUCUACUACCGCCUUACGCCUUUCUGACGUUUUGAGAAAUGCCAGCUCGAGCGGUAAAAGAAAGGGAAAAGGGAAGGCAGUAACUGUUGAUUUUGCUAGUACUCUAUUACAGAAUUUAGACAGAGCUCACCAAGAAUGGCAGGAAACUCUUGCAAGAUUUUCUGAAGUUUUGCAACAGAGUAAAAGUGUUUCUGAGCCCGAGCAAACAAUAUUCGAUCAAGAAGAAUAUGGAAAUGAUUUAGAAUAUAAUAGUCUCCCGACGUCGUUUUAUUAUGAUGAUUUUUCAGAUGACGAUACUACUGAUACCAUUGAUGGAGAAGAUUAUGAAUCUAGCUAUUUGUACGCGCAAGCAAUUGAUCGAGAGGUGAUUUUUGAAAAAGAAACAUUUGAUAGAGACUGGCUAUUACAUCAGUGUAAAUUGCAUACAGAGAUGAGUCGUGAUAAAAAAUUUGCAAUCGAACCGGACAAGUUAUGCACAAACAUCUUUACUAUUUUACGUUCUGAAAAAGAGGAUAAAGAUAUUGAGAAUUCGUUGGUUGAUUUAAUUGGAUAUGAUAAUGUAGAACUUGUGAGCAUAUUAUUGUGCAAUCGCACCAAACUCGUGGAAAAUAUUCAAAGUCAAUCAAAAUAUAACAAGCGGGAUGAUAUGAAGGCUCAAAGCACCUUGUUAACACAACCUCAGCCUCUCUUAAAUGAACCAAGACGUCCACAAUAUGGCACACAAGUUGUGGUUCAAUCUGAAGCUGAAAUACGAGAGAUGAAACAAUCAAGAAAAAAAGAACAAAAGAAAUUAAUAAAGCAAAGAUCUGAAGAAGAAGAGGACACAUUAUCUGCAAGCAUAUUAGGAUUCAGUCCGGAAGAGUUGCGACGAAAAAGAGAAGAUCAAUUACGUGCCGCCGCCGCGGCAGCUCAAAUGGUUCCGCAAUAUAAAGGAAUUAUUGAACAAAAAUUGCCGCAUGUUUAUUCAUCUUCACAUUCAGGCAAUGUUUUAUCUAUAUAUGGAACACGAUAUUCUUUGCCCGUCGGCACAGUUCAAAACGAACAUCAUAAUCACGAAGAAAUAAUAAUACCAAUUACCAAAAAAUCGCCACCUACUCGAGAUGAAAAAUUGAUUCUCUUGGAAGAUAUGGACCAUUUAUGUAAAGGGACAUUUAGGGCUUACAAAUCCUUGAAUCGUAUACAAUCAAUUGUUUAUCCUUGUGCUUAUGAAUCUAAUGAAAACAUGCUGAUAUGCGCGCCUACCGGAGCUGGUAAAACUGAUAUAGCCCUGCUAACCAUACUGCGCACACUCGCGAAAUAUUGUCAUCCUACCCCGACAAAAUCAUCAGAACCUCAGAAAUUCGUAAUAAAUAAAAAUGAAUUCAAAAUUGUUUAUGUGGCUCCUAUGAAAGCAUUAGCUGCCGAGAUUGUCAAGAAGAUGGGUAGUCGAUUGGCUUGGUUAAACAUUCAAGUCAGAGAAUUAACAGCAGAAAUUUCAAAUACUCAGAUUUUAGUCACGACCCCAGAAAAGUGGGAUGUGGUUACACGUAAAAGUACUGGCGAUGUUGAACUUGCACAAAAAGUGAAAUUACUUAUCAUUGAUGAAGUUCAUUUACUUCAUGAUGAUCGUGGAGCAGUUCUUGAAAGCAUUGUUGCUCGUACCGCAAGACAGGUUGAAUCCAGUCAGACUAUGAUUCGUGUUAUAGGAUUAUCCGCUACAUUGCCAAAUUAUGUAGACGUGGCACUCAAUCUAAUGCGUGGAUUAUAUUAUUUUGAUGCUGGAUAUCGUCCAGUGCCACUUGAACAGCACUUUCUAGGUGUGAAAGGUAAAGCUGGUACAACAACAUCAAAUAACAACCUAAAUCAAGUAUGCUGGGAGAAGGUUCUUGCUCUCGUGAAAGCUGGUCAUCAAGUCAUGGUUUUUGUACAUGCGCGCAAAGAAACAGUCAAAACAGCCCAAAUGCUACGUGACAUGGCUACUAUGGAAGGGCAUAUAGACCUGUUUGACAAUAGAGAGCAUCCUAAGAGUGGGCUAUUCGUAAAAGAUGUCACUAAAUCGAGAAAUCGCGAAUUGAGAGAAUUGUUCUCGCAUGCUUUUGGCAUUCAUCAUGCAGGAAUGCUCAGACAAGAUAGGGUCUUAACAGAAAACAUGUUUGCCGAAGGGGUCAUUAAGGUUUUAUGCUGUACUUCUACAUUGGCUUGGGGUAUAAACUUGCCUGCUUUCGCAGUAAUUAUCAAGGGUACUCAAAUUUAUGACGCAUCAAAGGGAAACUUUGUUGAUUUGUCUAUUCUUGAUGUAUUACAAAUUUUUGGUAGAGCUGGUCGCCCGCAGUAUGAGACUCAUGGUGUUGGAUAUAUUUUGACAACACAAGAUAAAUUAUCUCAUUACGUAUCAGCAAUGACUCAACAGCAUGCUAUCGAGUCAAAGUUUAUUAUGAGUAUGGUAGACAAUCUUAACGCAGAAAUAUCCCUAGGCACUGUAACUAAUGUCGACGAAGCUAUUGCGUGGCUUGGCUACACGUAUUUAUUUGUGCGUAUGAAAAAAAACCCAUUGAACUAUGGCAUGGAUCAUGAAACACCAAUAAACGAUCCGGAGCUUUUACAACGCCGCAAAGAAUUAGUAAUUAUCGCAGCAAAAAAACUUCAUCAAAAUCAAAUGAUAACUUUCAAUGAAAAGUCUGGUGAAUUGACUGCCAAAGAUUUGGGACGCAUUGCCUCUAAUUAUUAUAUUGGGCACUCGAGCAUUGAAAUAUUUAAUCGAGAAAUGAAAGAACAAAUGACAACGGCGGAUGUUUUGGCUAUGUUAAGUCUGAGUAGUGAAUUUGCAAAUAUUAAAUCAAGGGAGAAUGAGCAUAAUGAAUUGAAAAUGUUGGAGGAAAGAUCUGCGUAUAAAAUAAAGAAAACCUCAGACACAACUGCUGGUAAAGUCAAUAUUCUUUUGCAAUCUUAUUUAUCAAAGUUGCCUCUUGAAGACUUUGCAUUAGUAUCUGAUUCAUCAUAUGUUGUCCAAAAUGCCAAGCGUAUUGUGCGUGCCUUAUUUGAAAUUGCUCUCAAUCGUAGUUGGAGCAACGUCACUUUUGAGUUACUUGAUUUAUGUAAAGCUAUUGACAAAAAAAUGUGGAUGUAUGAACAUCCUCUUGCUCAAUUCGGGCUUCCUGCUGACAUCAUUUCAAAACUCAAAAAUCAUCCGCACCAAGCUUCCAUGGAGGAAUUAAGAGAUAUGGAUCCAACUGAACUUGGGCAAUUAGUUCAUCAUGUGCGCAUGGGCGCCACAAUUUCCAAAUGUGUGGAUCAAUUUCCGAUGCUUAAUAUAAAAGCGGAGAUUGCUCCUAUUACGAGUAAUGUGUUGCGUGUUACUCUUUAUAUAACUCCGGAUUUUGUUUGGAAUGAUCGUGUUCAUGGCACUGUUGAACCAUGGUGGAUAUUGGUUGUCGAUUCGGAAGAUGUCGAGAUUUAUCAUUCAGAAUAUUUUUUGCUUAGUCGUAAACAACUUGGCGAAUCUCAAAAGAUUGGAUUCACGAUUCCUAUUCAAGAACCUUUAUCACCACAAAUUUAUAUUUAUGCUGUUUCUGAUCGCUGGCUUGGAGCAGAGGAAAGGGUCCCAAUUCCAUUUCAAGAUUUGAUACUACCGGAAAAAUAUCCAAGACAUACAGAUUUGCUGGAUUUACAACCUUUGCCAGUAACUGCUCUUCAUGAUGAAAUUUUAGAAGAAAUAUGCGGCAAACGGUUUUCUCAUUUUAAUCCAAUUCAGACACAAAUUUUUCAUACAUUGUAUAAUACUUCACAUAAUGCGCUUAUUGGUGCACCAACUGGUUCGGGAAAAACUGUAGCAGCCGAGUUAGCUAUGUGGUGGGCCUUUAGGGAAAAGCCUAACACAAAAGUAGUUUACAUAGCCCCGCUAAAAGCCCUUGUGCGUGAACGUGUAGACGACUGGCGGACAAGAUUAACUGGUUCUAUGGGGAGAACUUUGGUUGAACUAACGGGUGAUGUUACGCCAGAUAUUCAAACAUUAAAAAACGCUGAUAUAAUAAUCACAACUCCAGAAAAGUGGGAUGGUAUUAGUAGAAAUUGGCAGAAUAGGCGCUAUGUACAAGAUGUCUCUCUAGUAAUCAUUGAUGAAAUUCAUUUGCUUGGAGGAGAGCGUGGCCCAAUUCUUGAAGUUAUUGUUUCUCGCAUGAAUUAUAUAGGAUCACAAACAGACAAAAAGGUACGAAUUGUGGGGCUUUCAACUGCAUUAGCCAACGCACGUGAUUUAGCAGACUGGUUAGGUAUUGAUGAGGUUGGUCUCUUCAAUUUCCGGCACUCUGUGCGUCCUGUUCCACUCGAAAUUUAUAUCGAUGGUUUUCCCGGGAAGCAUUAUUGCCCGCGUAUGGCAACCAUGAAUAAACCUACAUACGCUGCUAUCAAAACACAUUCACCAGACAAGCCGGUGAUCGUCUUUGUUUCUUCACGGAGGCAAACUCGGCUUACUGCUCAGGAUCUUAUAGCAUAUUGUAAUAUGGAAGCUCCACCGCGUAGUUUCCUUAAAAUUUCGGAAGAAUCAUCACAGAUGGUUCUCUCACAAAUCAAAGAUAAAAACUUAAAGAUGUCUCUUGCAUUUGGUAUAGGCUUACAUCAUGCUGGACUCACCGAGUCAGAUCGAAAAAUUGUCGAAGAGUUAUUUGUAAAUCUUAAAAUUCAAGUUCUAAUCGCGACUAGCACCUUGGCAUGGGGAGUCAACUUUCCCGCGCAUUUAGUGGUUAUAAAGGGAACUGAAUUUUACGAUGCUAAAUCAAAGGGAUAUGUAGAUUUUCCGAUUACUGAUGUACUUCAAAUGAUGGGAAGAGCAGGUCGACCUCAAUAUGAUACUUCUGGAAUUGCACGGAUAUUUGUUCAUGAUGUCAAAAAAAACUUUUAUAAGAAAUUUCUUAAUGAGCCUUUCCCUGUCGAAUCGAGUUUACAUCACCAUUUACCUGAUCAUUUUAACGCUGAAAUAGUUGCGGGAACAAUAAACUCUAAAGAAGCUGUUAUGGAAUAUCUCACUUGGACGUACUUUUUUAGGAGACUCCAGCAAAAUCCUUCUUAUUAUCAGCUGAAAGAGAUUACUCACAACGCCAUCAAUACAUAUCUCUCUAAAAUGAUUGAAAAUGCUCUCGAAGAACUUGUACUGUCUGGUUGCAUUGAAAUAACUAACGAUAUGGAAUUAGUGCCAACAUCCCUUGGUAAAUCCGCUUCCUUUUAUUACCUACAACACAAGACUAUGAGACUCUUUCGAGACCAAAUUAAAAGCAGAUCUUCAUUUCGGGAUCUCUUAACUAUUUUAAGCGAUGCAGAAGAAUAUGCGGAGAUUCCAGUUCGGCACAAUGAGGAUAUUCAUAAUCGUGACCUGGAAAAAGAUGUUCGUUGGCCUAUAGGAGCUAAUAAACCUUAUGAUAAUCCUAAUGCCAAGACAUUUUUGCUUAUCCAAGCACAUUUUACCAGAGCUCAAUUGCCUAUUUCUGAUUAUUUUACUGACACGUUGUCGGUUUUGGAUCAGUCAAUACGUGUUCUACAGGCAAUGAUUGAUGUUGCUGCAGAGCAAGGCAUGUUAACGACAAGUCUUCAUAUUAUGAAUAUUGUGCAAUCCAUAAAGCAAGCUCGCUGGCCUGAUGAAUCCGCCCUGUUGACCUUGCCUGGAAUAGAGAAACAUCAUGUGAAACCUUUAGUUAAACAAGGAAUCGUGAGCCUAGCACAACUAGCGGAUUCUUCAGAUUCACAGUUAGUAGAGUACUUCAAUAAUGUUCAAGAACUAAAUACUUCUGAUGCAGAAAAGAUAUCCAAGGUUGUAAAGAAUAUUCCCAUCAUGAAUUUUGAAUACAAGAUCCACGGUUCGCCGAAAAUAUUAAAUGCCGGAGAAUACACCUUGGAAAUUAAUAUGAAUAGAUUAAAACCCAGUUUAAAUCAUGAGGGUGGAAGGAUACAUGCUCCUCGAUUCCCAAAGUCACAAUAUGAAGCUUGGUGGAUCGUCUUGGGAGAUAUAGCGGCCGAUGAAUUGAUCGCUUUGAAACGUGUCUCUACGCGAAAUGAAAGUAAAGGAAAUGGUAGAAGAAAAUUAGAGGAUAACAUUACAACACGCAUAAAGUUUACCGCGCCUCAAACAGGAGAUAGACAUCAGUACAGGAUCUUUUUAAUAAGUGAUGGGUAUCUUGGAAUCGAUCAACAAUAUGAAAUUGAGCUCGAGACACAUCGCCCAACAAAUACACUUUAA